CGCUCGCACCUGAUUGGACGCGACAUUGCAACACCAUCCUUCUUUCCACGCUUCACGUCUCGUGCGAUCGUCCUGCGUCCAGGUGUCGUUCGACUAUGCAUUGAAAUAGUUUUUCUCCGGUCGCCGUGUAUCCGGCCUUUACUGGUCCGCUGGCAUCUUGCUUCUUCGAACGAUAUCGGAGUUCCAGCCUGCUGGCACCGCUUUCGACACCAAAGCGACAUCUGAGAGCGUUGUUAGAUCACCUGAAAAUCAGGGAACAAAAUAAAGCCAUUCUUUGAGGAAUCCAGCGACUUCGGCUUCCUGUCAUAUCUCGGCGUACAGCAGGCGCCAGUUUACUCAGCCCAUCAUGUCUUCAAGCUAUUGGGAGUCAACCCAACGCAAGUUCUGGACUUUUACGAAACAAGAGCUAGCACUGGAGCGAAAGAGAAUGGAAGAUGCAGAACGCAAUCUGGUCAACCUGUAUCCUCUGCCAGAUCGGAGGCAUAUGAGCAUCUACUUCUCUCAUCAACUCUCCAAAAUGGCAAGACCGCUAGGAAUUCGACAGCAAGCUCUGGCUACCGCACAAGUGUAUGUCCGGCGAUUCUAUGCCAAGGUCGAGAUCCGGAGGACGAACCCAGCGCUCGUGCUGGCAACAGCAUUGUACUUGGCGUGUAAGAUGGAAGAGUGUCCGCAGCACAUUAGAAUGGUAUUGGCAGAGGCGCGGCACUGUUGGGACACAUCAUUCAACGACGUUUCCAAAAUCGGCGAGUGUGAAUUUACACUCAUCUCUGAGAUGAACUCUCAACUAAUCCUCCACCACCCAUACCGCAGCCUCGCUGAACUCCAGACUCAAUUCCAACUGACCCAGGAAGAAAAUGCCCUGGCAUGGUCAAUCAUCAACGAUCACUACCUGACAGAUCUUCCGCUUCUCCACGCACCGCAUGUUAUCGCCAUAACAGCGAUAUUCUUGGCAGUCGUUCUCAAGCCCAUCGGCUCCCAGGUCAAUGCAGCCGGGAUGAACAACGCACUGCAGACGCUGGGCAAUGCACGUGGUGGACAAGGGAUGCAGGCACGAAUACAGAAACUAGUCGAUUGGCUUGCUGAAAGUAGUGUAGAUAUCGAGGCUGUUGUGGAGUGCACGCAGGAGCUGAUCUCAUUGUACGAAGUUUGGGAGACUUAUACCGAUAAAACAUGCAAAGACCAGAUUGCAAAAUUUGUCAAGGCGAGAGGUUUGGACAAGUAGCAUUUUGGUUCUAGCUAAACCUUUAUCGAGAGCUCGUUUUUAAUAAGUUGCACCUGUUACACAAGAAGUAGGAUAGGAGUAUACAACAUGACUUAUUUAAUUCAGUCGUAAUGUACAAGUCGAUGCAUCCUCAGCGUAAGCUGUAUUAUUUGGAGGUGUGACUUUAAAG